AUGCAAAAUCAACCACCAGGUAUCCUAGAAAGUGUGCUGAAAUUGAAGGAAGAAGCUAACCGCCUCUACCAAAAGAAAUCUUAUACGGCGGCCUUGGGCGUGUAUUCGAAGAUCUUGGACAACUCUGGGACCGAAGGCAACGAUGACGUGAAGGAGUUUUUGAGAACGGUGCGAUCGAAUAGAGCUGCGGCUCACAUUGCGUUGGGACACUACGCUGAAGCAGUCGAAGAUCUUCAGCAUGUUCUCUCCUCGUCCUCGUCGGGACACAAUGAAGGCUCUAAGGCUCCCAUAGGCUCCCCUUUUGCUACGACUACUCGAAAAUCUUAUCUCCGCCUUGCCCGCUGCUUUUGCGAACUAGGAAAAUUCGACGAUGCUACUAAGCAUUUGGAUGCACAUCGCGACUUCGUGGAUGGCAUGCGCGCUCCUGAGGAAGACGAACUCCGAGAAAAGGUCUAUAGAGACCAACAGAAUGCUGCGAUAGCAACUGAAGACAAGACCGUCCCACUCAAGUACGUUGUCAAAAUUAUGCAAUCGACUCCAACUGCGCCAAUCAGGCUCUACGAAACCGUACCUCUCUCCCUAGUCGACACUGGCUACCCACCUGAGACUGCCUCAAACCAGUUCCUCGCAAAACUUGUCAUGAAACACGAUGCAUGGCUUCUCAAGCAGGGUCCCCUCAGUGGCGGUGCGUGGAAGUGCUGGAGUUGCAGGAAACGAGCGACUGGGAUAGUCCAUUCUUUUGCGUCUUUUCUGAACGCGUAUGUGGACGGAAAAGAACCAGAGGUCAUAGAUUUUGCGCAGCCAGUGUGCGUAUAUUGGGGAUUAUGCGACCGUGAGGCAAGGCGGAUGAUGCAAGAGGAGAUGGUACUGGUGAUAAAUCCUGGAAGGCGCUGGCAAAUUAAUUGA